AUGGCCCUCAGAUCCGCCUACAGUGCUCUAGGAGGACCCAGCCUGCCACUCAAGGCGCGGACUACUCCCUUGGCCUUCCAAUUGCAGUCUCGAAGUCGCAAUGUCUCAAGUCGAGCAUUGUCAUCAACACCAAAAGCCUCCCAGGCACACACAGCUCCAACGGACCCACCACUACAGUCCCUCACCAAAGAGCAGAAGCAAUUCCUCGAGUCCGCUCUCCGCGUGAACCAUGCGGGCGAACUCGCCGCCACCCUCAUCUACACCUCCCAAACCCCACCCAUCGUCAAAGCCCACCCCCACCUCCGCCCGCUCAUGAAACACAUGUACGACCAAGAAGCCGGCCAUUUCAAGACCUUCAACCACCUGCUCGCCAAACACCGCAUCCGACCUACAGCAAUGUACCCUGUCUGGCACGCCGCCGCGUCCUUCCUCGGCUGGAGCACCGGCGUGAUGGGACGGGAAGCAGCAAUGGCAUGUACGGAGGCGGUGGAGACCGAGAUUGGAGAGCAUUACAACAACCAGGUGCGGGAGCUGCUGAAGUGGGACGAAGAGGCGAAGGCGAGGGGAGAGACGCUGGGAGAGGAUUUAGAGGCGUUGAUGACGGAUAUUAGGAGAAUACGGGAUGAGGAGCUGGAGCAUUUGGAUCAUGCGGUGGAGGAAGAUGCGAAGAUGGCGAAGCCGUAUGAGGUGUUGAAUGGGGUGAUUCGGGCGGGUUGUCGAGGGGCGAUAUGGGUUAGUGAGAGGGUGUGA